GGUACGUCAGGUACAUCAGGUACAAAUUAUUAAAUGUACCUUCUACAGGUAGGUGGAAGUACAUAAGGUACCUAUCAAUGUAGGUACGAGGUACGAUACAUGCAUGUACCUACUGUCAUUAACGGGACCUAAUCUGCUACCUAAUGCAGGGCACUUGGUGUCACUUAACUAUUUAUUUUAACGGGAACUCUCACCAAUCAAAUAAACAAACGAUCUUGCGCCAAAGCCAUAAGCCUCCAAGGGGUGACGCUACCUAUACCUAACUCCUUACAACAAUGGCCUCGCUACAAAGCCAGCAGCAGCCUCACGAAGAGCAGCAAUCAGUACCUCUCAGCCAAGCUAACAACCUCUUAACUUCAUUCGCCCAAUUCCUCACAAUUUGCAUCCACAAUAUCCUCUACUACCGCUCUAUCUACCCAGCUCAGACAUUUCUCACCAGCCGAGCAUAUAACCUACCGGUCCACCAGUCAAGACACCCGAAAGUAUGUUCGUGGAUCCGCGACGCCGUAGAUGCCGUAAAGGGGCAGCUCGUCCUAGGUGUUGUGGAGCGCAUUGCUGUAGUCAUAUAUGACGGACAGGCGAGGGUAAUGGAACGAUGGAUGUUUGAUGUUGCCAACUUCCCCGCGUGGAAAGGCUUCAAGGAAGCAAGGGGACCAAGAAUAGAAGAAGAAGAAGACGAACUUGUCGAAGGGGCCGUCAACGCUGAGAGCGGCGUAGAGGGAAAAGUAAAUUGGGCAAACGUGGACGAACAACUACGUGCUACUGUGAGGAAGCUAGCAUAUGCUGCUGAAAAGAUGACACCGCUUCCAGAUGGAUGUACUUUCACUAUCGCAGUGGAACUACGAGAUGAAGGUGAAGCGCCAAUAGGGCAUCCGCAACCUUGGAUACCCUCACAAUCCAACCUACAAACGAGAUCUAGAGACAACCCAGUACCUGGUCAAGAUGUUGGAGGAGCUAAGACGACUCCCCUCCGUGCAGUAGAAGCCGGGCCUUUGUUCUUUGAAUGCUGGGUUGAAGAAGGCAAAGCCAAAGAACAAUUAUCAUCUCCCUCAUCAAGCGAAUAGAAAGUCACGUCUCCAUGCUUUAAUGCUAUUUGUUCAGUGUGAGUUGACGUUAUUUUGGAAAUGUUAUAUUAGUAUGAAUAAUGUGAUACUGUAGUCCUGUCGUGGUAAGUCUGGUAUAUCAGCAUUCUUGUUUCGACAAUC